AUGAGUAAUCCUCCAUCCAGUUCUCCAAGUAAGCUCGCACCGCCAAGCUCUUCUCCAGCUUCUAAUCCAGGUUCAGUGCCACAACAGCCUUCAUCACCUGCAUUAUUCUAUAACUCAUCUUCUUCCCAGCCAGAUACUCUAGGGCAAGGUAAUAGUAGAAGCCAAAACAGAAAUGGGACAAUAGGUAUAGGGUCCUCACCUUUCAAUUACCCAUCCUCUUCGCAACAAACCUCUGAUAUAUUAGCAUCUCAAAAUAUUAACAGAACUCAAGGUAGUUCAUCAAACACACCAUUACCCAGUAGGUUUUCCAAUAUUAGAAGUGACAGAAGUAAUGCCAUCUCUUCCUCUCCAUUAGCUGAUGGAUCUUCUAGAAGUAUACGUAUGAGAAGAAAUGAUAUCCAUGCAUCAGAUUUAUCAUCACCUAGAAGAAUUAUUGAUUUUGAGUCGCGGUCUAGUAAUAAUAACCCUUCAUCUUCUUCAGACCCCGUCUCUCAGGAUAAUAAUGAACCAUUAAGAAUUAUUUGGGGUACCAAUAUCAGUAUUCAAGAAUGUACUAAUAGUUUCCGUAACUUUUUAAUGACGUUCAAGUAUAAAUAUAGGAAAAUUUUAGAUGAAAGAGAAGAAUUCAUUAAUUCCACCACAGAUGAGGAAUUGUAUUAUGUGAAACAAUUAAAUGAAAUGAGAGAAGUUGGUAAUUGUAAUUUAAAUUUAGAUGCUAGGAAUUUAUUGGCUUUCAAACAAUCAGAAGAAUUAUAUUAUCAGUUAUUAAAUUAUCCACAGGAGGUUAUUUCCAUUAUGGAUCAAACUAUUAAAGAUUGUAUGGUUUCUCUUGUAGAGGAUAAUCAUCUAGAUUUUGAUUUGGAUGAAAUUGAAACUAAAUUUUAUAAAGUUAGGCCUUAUAACGUUGGGACAGUGAAAGGUAUGCGUGAAUUGAACCCAAAUGAUAUCGACAAAUUGAUCACUUUAAAGGGGUUAGUCUUAAGAGCCACACCAGUUAUCCCAGAUAUGAAAGUUGCCUUUUUCAAAUGUAAUGUUUGUGACCAUACCAUGGUCGUUGAAAUCGAUAGAGGUGUUAUUCAAGAACCAGCAAGAUGUGGGCGUGUCGAUUGUGGUGAACCCAAUUCAAUGUCUUUAAUCCAUAAUAGAUGUUCCUUUGCUGAUAAACAAGUUAUCAAAUUACAAGAGACACCUGAUUUAGUCCCGGAUGGUCAAACUCCACAUUCAGUAUCUCUUUGUGUAUAUGAUGAACUGGUAGAUUCAUGUCGUGCAGGUGAUAGAAUUGAAGUCACAGGUGCAUUUAGAUCAAUACCAAUAAGAGCGAAUUCCAGACAACGUGUAUUAAAAUCUUUAUAUAAAACCUAUAUUGAUGUCGUUCAUGUGAAGAAAGUUUCAGAUACAAGGUUGGGUGUUGACACUUCCACCGUUGAACAAGAACUGUUACAGAAUCAAAUAGAUCAUAAUGAAGUUGAGGAAGUUAAAAAGGUGACAGAUCAAGAUAUUGCCAAAAUCCGCGAGGUUGCUCAAAGAGAAGAUCUAUACGAUCUUUUGUCAAGAUCUAUUGCUCCAAGUAUUUUUGAAUUAGAUGACGUUAAAAAAGGUAUUUUGUUACAAUUAUUUGGAGGAGCCAAUAAGGUCUUCAAGAAAGGUGGUCGUUAUCGUGGUGAUAUAAAUAUCUUACUAUGUGGUGAUCCCUCGACAUCUAAGUCUCAGAUAUUGCAAUACGUGCAUAAGAUUGCACCACGUGGUGUUUAUACAUCUGGUAAAGGUUCAUCUGCCGUCGGGUUAACUGCAUAUAUCACAAGAGACGUUGAUACAAAACAAUUGGUGCUAGAAAGUGGUGCUUUAGUCUUAUCUGAUGGUGGUAUUUGUUGUAUUGAUGAAUUUGACAAAAUGAGUGACUCAACAAGGUCAGUCCUGCAUGAAGUUAUGGAACAACAAACCAUUUCUAUUGCAAAAGCCGGUAUUAUCACAACUUUAAAUGCUAGAAGUUCAAUUUUAGCCAGUGCCAAUCCAAUUGGAUCGCGUUAUAAUCCAAAUUUACCAGUUACUGAUAAUAUCGAUCUACCACCUCCAUUACUCUCUAGAUUUGAUCUUGUGUACCUGGUGUUAGAUAAAGUCGAUGAAGGGACUGAUCGAGACUUAGCUAGACACUUAACCAGUUUGUACCUGGAAGAUAAGCCAGACCAUGUCUCCCAAGAUGACAUACUUCCGGUUGAAUUCUUGACUUUAUAUAUUAAUUAUGCCAAAGAAAAUAUUCAUCCUGUACUUGUGGAGGAAGCUAAAAGUGAAUUGGUGAGAGCUUAUGUUGGAAUGAGAAAAAUGGGUGAUGACUCUAGAUCAGAUGAAAAAAGAAUUACUGCUACUACAAGACAGUUGGAAAGUAUGAUCCGUUUAGCUGAAGCUCAUGCAAAGAUGAGAUUAUCUACGGAAGUACAACUAGAAGAUGUUCAAGAAGCUGUGAGGCUGAUAAGAUCAGCUAUUAAGGAUUAUGCAAUGGACCCAAAGACAGGUAAGAUUGAUAUGAAUUUAGUUCAAACUGGUAAGUCUGUUGUCCAAAGGAAACUGCAAGAAGAUUUGGCAAGGGAAGUCUUAAAAGUACUGGGGGAAUACUCGUCUGAUUCAAUGAGUUUCAAUGAAUUGGUCAAACAAAUUAAUGAACAUUCGCAAGAUAAGGUGGACUCCUCAGAUAUCUCUGAUAUUCUAUCUCGUUUACAACAAGAAGAUAAAGUCAUCAUUUUAGGUGAAGGUAUAAGGAGGUCUAUCCGUCUAAAUAAUCGAGUUUGA